AUGGGGUGGCACUGGUUCCUCCUGCCGCUGGUAGCGGCUCAACUGGAGCCGUUUGCUUUGCCGCCCAGCUUUGAAGGUACUUGGCAGGGGGUACCCUACGCGAGCGUUGUGGGACCGUGGUCGGAAAACUUCACCUUCGCGAUCACGAGGCUGCCGCAGGGGGACUACCUGUUUCAGGCGAACUUACCUUUCGAUGCCUCUCCGAAGUUCAGGAAGUACUGGAGCUGGCAGAGAUCCUACCUGAGAGCCUCUGGCGACGAUCGCGGACGCUUGCUACAUUGCCCAGGACCCCGAGAUCCGACUCGAUGGCGUGUCGCCAUGAUGCAGGCGCACGCCGUGAGCGAUCGGGAGGUGACCUUCUGUUUGAGGAAGUGGCCCGGCUACGUCGACUCCGAGCAUCCCUUCCCUUUCGAAACCCUUGGCUGCUAUACGGCCGCCUCGGAGGAGGGUUGUGGCUGCUUUAACUGGACCCUUCGUGCGGAGGAGUCCGGUCAGAGACUGCAGUAUCAGGUCUCCAUGGCGGGAUCACCGUUCCAACAGCACUCAAAGCAUGUGUGGGCAACCCUGGAAAGAAUACCGUACACCGCGCCGGUCGACCUUCAAUUCCCGGGAUCCGGCAGCCUUUUCGAUUGUGAUUACACGCACCGGGAUGAGCAUCAGACUCCGCUGGCCACUUGCCCUUUUGCUCUGUAUUAUCGGUCACCUCCGGAAGCCAGCAGAGUGGCGGCAAGCUCUUUCCAGCAUUGCUACAACUUGGAUGCUAAAGUUGGCCUAGUUUUGGAGUGGGAUUUACAUGAGACGGCAUCGUCAUUGCAUGUCCAGAUCUCUGCCCGAGCAGAUGCAGCAGACUAUGUGUCAGUCGGGUUCCGGCCACUAGGCGGCUCCUCCAGUGCGUCAGCAAGGAGUGCAGGCACGGGUCGAGAAGAGCGCUUCGGGAUGGCUGGCGCAGACAUUGUUCUGGGACACACAGGAGGGGUGGAGCAGUAUUAUGCCAGUGCUUACUCAGGAGCCCCGGAUUCAGAUGACUCGUUGCAGAUUUGGGAUGCCUCCGUCGAGAAGCGGGGAGGGCGUCUCUUCUUGCGAUUCUGGCGGCCUUUGGUGGGCGGAUGGCUGCACUCGCAUGGUGUGAAUGCCUCCAUCCUCUCCAACCUAUCAGAUAUGAUGUGGGCUGUAGGGAGGUGGAGCCAAGCCGACCGGGCACCUGCCUACCAUGGAUUUCUGCGCGGCUGGAGGGAGGUGUACUGGACAGAUCCUGAGUUGGACUCCCGUCCGCUUCUCUCCCUGCGCCCGUACAAGUGUGAUCGAUUCUUGGAUUGUGCAGUUUGGAAGACCGGCGUGUACAGUUCACAGCCGAUAAAGAGCUGGCUGGCUGGUGCGCAGGGUGGACAGAACGCCAAGGAUGCGCCAGAGCUUCCGAAGCCAGAGAUGCACAUCACCGACAUGAGUAAAGCCGAGGUGGACUUCGCCAUAGAGGUGGCGAAAAAGGGCGUGAUCUCGCUGUUUAAGAACGAGAGACGAUCCUUCUGCGAGGUUGCUCAGUUCAUCAAGAAAGAGUUCGACAAGGCCUUUCAGGGUGCCUGGCACGUCUUCGUCGGCAAGCACUUUGGCGCGUGGGUCACCUACGAGGCGCACAAGCUCGUCUACUUCCACAUCGGGCAGGCAGGUUUCCUCAUCUACAAGCAUGGCUGA